AUGGGAAGAAUUAACGGCAGCCAGACGCCCUCGCCUGCACCAUCGUCGUCGCCUCCGCCUCUGCCUCCCCCUCCCCGUCCGCCUCCGCGUCCAACUCCCCCUCCCCGUCUGCCUCCUCCCCUCCCCUCUCCGCACCCGCCCGCUCGCCCCGCCCGCCGCCUCUCCCCCGCUCAGCCCCGCCCUCCGCCUGCUCGCCAGGCACGUCGCCUGUUCCGCCUCUCCCCUGCUCAGCCCCGCCCUCCGCUUACUCGCCCCGCCCGCCGCCUUUCCCCUGCUCGCCCCGCCCGCCGCCCUCCGCCUGCUCAGCCGCGCCCACCGCCUUUCCCCUGCUCGCCCCGCCCGCCGCCCUCCGCCUGCUCAGCCGCGCCCACCACCUGCUCGCCCCGCCCGCCGCCUCCCCCUCCCCCCCCCCCCCCCGCUCGGCCUCCCAGCGCUCGACGCCAUGUUUUCCUCUCUUGCGCCAGAGCGAGCCCUGGCGGCUUCCAAGAACGUCGAGGACGAGAGGCUCCGCCACAUGCACGCGGACGUGGCGGAGAUGCUGCUCGCCAACACCACCCCACGCCGCCGGCGGGUGAGGAAGCCGCCUCCGGCCGCGCCCGAGGAGGAGCGGCGCGGGCGCGCGCGCUACGGCUGCGCGUUCGAGGAGGAGGAGGGCUCCGGGUUCGCGCCGCCCCGGAUGGUGUGGGCGAAGGUCAGGGGCUACCCGCGGUGGCCGGGGCAGGUGUUCGACCCGGCGGACGCGUUGGGGCUCGCGCUGCGCGAGCGGCGGGCGACCGGGGCCGCGGCGGCUCCUUCGUGUGGGCCGGCGCAGCGGACCUCACCCCGCUCCGCGACGACUUCCCGUGCCUCGCCGGCGUCGGCCUAAGGAGCAACUGCAAGGUCGAGUUCGCCCUCGCCCUGGACGGCGCGCUGGCCGAGGUCGCGCGCCGCGUCGACGCCGGCCUCUCAUGCGGGUGCGGCGGCGCCGCCGCCAAGGGGCAAGUGUUCCAAAACUCCGGCCUUCGCAGAGGCGCGUCCGUCGCGGCCGUGGACGCCGGCUUCGCCCGGGACGCGCUCCGCGGCGAGGCGUUCCUCCGGUACGUUGGCGCGCUGGCAGUGGCGCCGGGGGACGGUGCCGACAGGCUUGACGUUGCUGUUAGUAUGAACAGGCAUUCAGACAGAUUGGCAGCUACAGCAGAUGAUUCAGUAUGGCAACCGCAGUUUACUCGCUUCCGAUUCAAAGUUUGGAACAAACAAGUUAAAGUAUCCUGUACAUAGCAUCCUUGUUUUCGACCAGCAGAAAAAUGCAAUUCCUGUUGCUUGGAUCAUAACUCCCAAUUUUACACAUGGUGAAAUACAUAGAUGGAUG